AUGGCCUCACGCAGUCUCGGACCCGGUGCUGCUCUCCUUCGCGCCUCGAGGGUGUUCUCUGUCCCGCCGCCUUUGGCACCACCUGCAGAUCAAAUUAACACUGCGGGAAACUUUAGCUCUGAUUCAGCGACUCUACCAUAUCCGACUCAUAUGUCAAUCACUACACCGGCUUCGUCACUGCAGAAAGGAGAUUGGGGCCUUAAACGUUCAUUGCCUCUUCGUUCAACUACGAAGUCUUCGACUCCGGUAAUAAAGGUCAAGGCAAUGGAUACUUGGGAACAUAUAACAGAGUUCGCAUCCGCUGGGGACCACACAUUGACUUUGCAGAAAUGGCAGGAAAUGGGGGUUCCGAUUACAGCGCCUGUUACAAAGGCCAGAGGUUCUAAUUUUAGUACACAAGCAUCAGCAGGAAGAAGUGUUUUUGAGGAUGACCUCGAUACAAUUCACAAUGAAAAGAAUCUGGGCUUGCAGAUAAACGCAAAGAGAUGGAAAUUCAAAGGGCCAUGGCUGGCAGGUCAAACAGAUGGCGAGUUCAAUCAAUAUGUCUCUAAAGAAGUGAGAAGCAGAAAAGGAGAGUUCCGAGAGUUUCUACGAACAAGUCUCGCGCAGGAUAUGAGGAGGCAACAAGCCCUUCAGGAAGGAGUCGAUGCUAAAGAAACCCCACUUCCACCCGUCACCGAGGCAGAAUUGGACAAAUAUAUCAAAGAACUGCGUCGGGACGUUGCCGGGCUCAACAGCCAGAUCCGUCGAUUCUUCGACAUCGCUCCUGUAUCAUCUGCAUCUUUCGCGGGAAAAAACUUGGAUUGGUUAGAUGCAACAAAGAACAAGCAAACCGAGAUAGCCGACACCUAUUCCUCAGACUCACCAUAUGCCAUUAUCGGCCCACCAAAAACGCAUCCAUCUGCAGGAUUGUCAUACACGCGCACAGCUUCCAAACUGCAUAAUCACCCUCUCUUUGGUCCUCAACGAGCACCUACAAUCGUGGACGCGAGAAUUAUCCAACCUCAAAAGUCGUCAGUCAUGGGAAACACCACCCCAUUACUGGGUGUUGGUGGUUUCGUAACCAAUGUGCCACUCCAAGAUAAUUCCUUCGAUGUCAACGCCAGCAGCCGUAGAACAAACACUAUAGGCUCCACAACUGCACAACUUGUUCCCGGAGUUCUCAAGAUCGAGCCUGGGAGACCUGGCGGUAGUAAGGUCUGGGUGGAACCACUACAUGCACAUGUUGAUACAAAUGGUAAAGUGCAGUUGACGGUCCAAAAAGCAGAUGUGGAAGCUGUGGCGGUGAAGGAGGGGAAGACGGAUAAGUUGGAAGAGAUGAAGCCGAAAACGCGGGCCUUUAGCGGGUCGAGAGCGAUUGGAUUUUACGCGGGCGCGAAAGAGACUGUUAGUAGUAGAAUUAUCGAUUCGAAGGAUAAGCCGAUCAGGGGAGCUGAUGCUUAUGGAUUGUUGUAG